AUGCAUGUAGUUCUUUGUAAAAUUACUAGUUCUUUGCCUUUUUCAUUACAAAGGCUUGUAGUUGCGCUUUUUCAUUACAAAUUCUUUGGCUUUUUCAUUACAAAGGCUUGUAGUUCUUUGCCUUUUUCAUUACAAAUGUUUGUAGUUGUCCGCUUUUUUGACUACAAAUUCUUUGCCUUUUUCAUUACAAAGGCUUGUAUCUUUGCCUUUUCCAUUACAAAGUUUGUAGUGUCUGCUUUUUUAGCGUACAAAGAUAUUAUCNCCUGUCUCUAUCUAGCCUUUGUACCAUACAGGGAAUUACAUGAUGAUGAAAUGGAAACUUCUGUCAUGUUCUCAUCAUCUCCAACACUCUUUGCAUAUCUCUGGGGACUCAUGGUACAAAGAGUGAAUGGUUUGCCAGCUGUUUAA